GCCGGGAACAAAGGAGCAGAGCGCCGCAGCGGUUACCGCCACCGACCGCCGGGGCUGCGCCGGGGCCUCCAGCCCGCCGCCACCAUGACUGCCAACGGCACGGCCGAGGCGGUGCAGAUCCAGUUCGGCCUCAUCAACUGCAGCAACAAGUACCUGACGGCCGAGGCGUUCGGGUUCAAGGUGAACGCGUCGGCCAGCAGCCUGAAGAAGAAGCAGAUCUGGACGCUGGAGCAGCCGCCCGACGAGGCGGGCAGCGCGGCCGUGUGCCUGCGCAGCCACCUGGGCCGCUACCUCGCGGCCGACAAGGACGGCAACGUGACCUGCGAGCGCGAGGUGCCCGGCACCGACUGUCGCUUCCUCAUCGUGGCGCACGACGACGGCCGCUGGUCGCUGCAGUCCGAGGCGCACCGGCGCUACUUCGGCGGCACUGAGGACCGCCUGUCGUGCUUCGCGCAGACCGUGUCGCCGGCCGAGAAGUGGAGCGUGCACAUCGCCAUGCACCCGCAGGUCAACAUCUACAGCCUGACCCGCAAGCGCUACGCGCACCUGAGCGCGCGGCCGGCCGACGAGAUCGCCGUGGACCGCGACGUGCCCUGGGGGGUCGACUCGCUCAUCACGCUGGCCUUCCAGGAUCAGCGCUACAGCGUGCAGACGGCCGACCACCGCUUCCUGCGCCACGACGGGCGCCUAGUGGCGUGCCCCGAGCCCGCCACCGGCUACACGCUCGAAUUUCGCUCCGGCAAGGUGGCCUUCCGCGACUUCGAAGGCCGCUACCUGGCGCCGUCGGGGCCCAGCGGCACACUCAAGGCGGGCAAGGCCACCAAGGUGGGCAAAGACGAGCUCUUCGCCCUGGAGCAGAGCUGCGCCCAGGUCGUGCUGCAGGCAGCCAACGAGAGGAACGUGUCCACGCGCCAGGGGAUGGACCUGUCGGCCAAUCAGGAUGAAGAGACCGACCAGGAGACUUUCCAGCUGGAGAUCGACCGCGACACCAAAAAAUGCGCCUUCCGCACCCACACGGGCAAGUACUGGACGCUGACGGCCACGGGGGGCGUGCAGUCCACCGCCUCCACCAAGAACGCCAGCUGCUACUUUGACAUCGAGUGGCGUGACCGGCGGAUCACACUGCGUGCCUCCAAUGGCAAGUUUGUGACGGCCAAGAAGAACGGGCAACUGGCCGCCUCGGUGGAGACAGCAGGAGACUCGGAGCUCUUCCUCAUGAAGCUGAUCAACCGCCCCAUCAUUGUGCUCCGCGGGGAGCAUGGCUUCAUCGGCUGCCGCAAGGUGACGGGCACCCUGGACGCCAAUCGCUCCAACUACGACGUCUUCCAGCUCGAGUUCAAUGACGGCGCCUACAACAUCAAAGACUCCACGGGCAAGUACUGGAUGGUGGGCAGCGACUCCUCCGUCACCAGCAGCAGUGACACCCCCGUGGACUUCUUCUUUGAAUUCUGCGACUACAACAAGGUGGCCAUCAAGGUGGGCGGGCGCUACCUGAAGGGGGACCACGCAGGGGUCCUGAAGGCCUGCGCCGAGACCAUCGACCCCGCCACGCUGUGGGAGUACUAGGCCCGCCGCCCGCCCCGCCCCGCCCCUCCUGCUAACCCUCUCUUCCAGGCGGGCUCCUCCGGGUGGGGCAGCGGCUGCAGCCUGGUCCUUGGGAUUUCAGAUCCCUCUGUCCUCUCUUCUCUGCCAUGGGCGAGGCCGGCACCUCUUCUGACCUCAGACAGCUCUGAGCCUUAUUUCCCCAAAGUGGCCAAGGAGAAGUGGGGGGGCUGCAAGGCCUGCCCGAGCCCCUGGGCAUGGGGGUGUGUAACUGGAAUCUCCUCCUGCCCCCUCCCAAGAGCCUCCCCCCACUUCCCAGGAGCCAAGCCCUUGCCCCCAUCCCGUCGGUGCCCCCUGGCGCACCAUCCCUGCGUCGGGAGGGAGGCUGCACAGGGUGGGGCUGAACCUGGAGUGUGCCCACCGCCUGCACCCUUUGCAUGGAGCCCGGAGCCGGCCUGCCCGCAGCACAUCCCACUGUGGUCCGGGGCCCUGCUCCUUUCUCUCUCUCACCCUGGCCUGACUGGAAGCAGAAAAUGACCAAAUCAGUAUUUUUUCUUAACGAAACGUUAUUGCUGGAGGUGCCCCAGGCAAGCCUGGUUGUAGCGUGAGUGGUCUUCAAGGGGUCUUUCGGGGGCGGGGGGAGGGGGGCGUGUCUCCAGAUGGCAUCUCCAGGUCUCGUUGUGCCCUCUACCCAAUAGUUGUGGGUCAGGCUGCUGCCUCCCUGAAUUCAGAACCUGCCCUCGCCUCCCCAGGGUGCUCUCACUGGCUCCCUCCGUCCCCGGCCCCAGGCCUGUGUCUCCCCUGGUGGUGCUGGGCCCCUCACCGCCUCAGCCAGAGCCCCUGGUGUGAUCGGUGCUCCUUGUCUGACUGGACUCCUGACUGGCCUCCUUGGGUCUCGGGUGGGAUGAAGCCGGGCGUCACCCUCAGCCGGAAGACCCCGGCCCCCGGCUCCCAGCCCUGCCCCCGCCAGCUCCCCGUACUGCCAGUUUGUCUCCGCCAUGCAUCUCACUCUGGGUGUCUUGGUCUUUUAUUUUUUGUAAGUGUCGUUUGUAUAACUAAACGCCCAUGAUAGUAGCUUCAGACUGGAAAGAGCAAAAUAAAAUAAUGCAAGUCUGCA